AUGAUGGGACUGGGUAAUGGGCGUCGGAGCAUGAAGUCGCCCCCGCUCCUACUGGCCGCUCUGGUGGCCUGUGUCAUAGUCCUUGGCUUCAACUACUGGAUUGCCAGCUCCCGGAGCGUGGAACUGCAGACACGCAUCAUGGAAUUGGAAGGCAGGGUCCGCAGGGCAGCUGCAGAGAGGGGCGCUGUGGAGCUGAAAAAGAAUGAGUUUCAGGGAGAAUUAGAGAAGCAAAAAGAGCAGCUUGACAAGAUCCAGUUGAGCCACAGCUUCCAGCUGGAGAGUGUCAACAAGUUCUAUCAGGAUGAAAAGGCAGUUUUGGUGAACAACAUCACCACCAGGGAGAAGCUCAUUGGGACAUUGCAAGACCAGCUAAAGGCCUUGCAGAAGAAUUAUGCUAAGCUGCAGCAGGAUAUUCUCCAGUUUCAGAAGAACCAGACCAACCUGGAAAGGAAGUUCUCCUAUGACCUGAACCAGUGUAUCAGUCAGAUGAAAGAAGUGAAGGAGCAGUGUGAUGAACGAAUAGAGGAAGUCACCAAAAAGGGAAAUGAAGCUUCUAGAGGUUCAAGUGAAAAGAUGGCUCAAAACCAGCAGCUCCAGGCCUUCAGCGAGCCUCAGCCCAGAGUGCAAGAAGUGGGCCUGCCGCAGGCAGAGGUGCCCGAAAGGAGAGGCAGCACUCUCAGCAACCCUGAAUGGCAGACGCCAGCCCCGACCACCAAAACAGCUUUGGAUUUGAAGAGACAAGGUGAGAAGGAUGAAACCAAUGAGAUUAAGAUGGUCAGCAAGGAGGAAGGACAGAGGGUCAGUAUGGGACUGCCACAGGACCUGGCCGCCGAAGACUACAAGCUCGCAGAGGGAAGGGGUGCCGGGGAUGCCAGACAGCUUGGCCAGACGCCACAGGUGCCAGCUGUCCUGUUAGCAAGCCAGGAAAAUGCAGAAACUGAGGACCCUGAGCGGGACCAGCUGGUCAUUGGCGAGGGCAUGGAGGAUGAGGAACCUGGAACGGAGGAGCGAGGGAGAAACAAGCAAAAACUGGGAGGAGAUGACUACAACAUGGAUGAAAAUGAAGCAGAAUCUGAAGGGGACAAGCAGGUGGAGCUUGUCAGGAAUGAGGAAGGCCUAAAUGUUAUUGAUGCUGAAGAUAAAAAACGGGACGUCAUAAAUUUACUUGAUCAGCAUGAAAAGAGAAAUCACACUCUGAAUUAA